UGGCGGCUCAUCAUCCUCUUUCCCUUAUCGCAUCAUCUUAAGUCCGUCUUUUAUUUCAUUAUUUGAAAUAUUCAAUCUAAUAAAGGAAGGAUAUUUUCUUCUGUCACCUUUGUGGGGGAUUUUUUCUUGAAGAAUCCGCCAUGGUUGCGGCUACGCCAAAACAACAACCGAAGCCGCCUACGGCGGCGAUGACGGUGACGCUGGCUGGGGCUACAAAAUCAUCAGCAGAAGAAGAGGCUUUGAAGAGGAAUACAGAUUGCGUUUACUUUCUCGCUUCCCCUUUAACCUGCAAAAAGGGAAGUGAAUGCGAGUAUCGUCACAGUGAAUAUGCCCGGGUUAACCCAAGGGAUUGUUAUUACUGGUUGAAUGGGAACUGCUUGAACCCAAAAUGUGCAUUUCGGCAUCCUCCUCUUGAUGGCUUGUUGGGAACCCAAACGACAACUCCAGCAGGUUCUUCCAAGCCUUUGUUGCACGCAGCAGCAACUACAGCACCUGCUAGUCAUAUGCCUUACAACCAGGCGGCUUCUUACAGCACCAACAAACAACCGGUGCCAUGUAUUUUCUUCCUCAAAGGACUUUGCAUUAAAGGCGACAGAUGUGCUUUUUUGCAUAGUCCAAUCACAAGUAAUAAAGCCACACAACCAGUGGCAACUACCACCGUGAGUGAGCCUCAUUCUUUGAAGAAGACUUUUGGUGCCAUUGAAGCACCUAAUCCACAGAAGUUUCCUCCAACUAAUGUUUCAAAUACUGUUGGAAUAGCUUCUGAAAAUAGAACUGCUGCAAAAAAUAAAGCUUCUUUCACUAAUAGUGGUACUGGAACUGAGAAAAGUGUGUCACCUACAAUAGAUGAGGAACUUUCUCUACACAAAGCAACAAAAACUACUUCAGUUGUUAAUGGUAACUCUAUGGGUUAUUCUAAUCACUUGCAUCAGGCCCAUGCUUUAGAUGAAUCUAGUUUUCAUGGUGGUAAGGACACUGAUGAAUAUUUGAGGGAGUCUUCUCCUGGUUUUGAUGUUCUUGUGGAUGAUGACCUGAGGGGUGUGAAUGAAUGUGGCAUUGGCCGCUCUGCUAAUUAUGAUUCCUUGGCUGAUGUUGACCAAGAAAUGUUUCAGGAUCCACGGAGCUACGAUUCAUUUGACCAUGUUCAAGGGAAUUAUGAUUGGGACCAACAAAGAACUUCAUCUGAGAAGAUACCUCUAGGAUCAUCUACUUCAGAGAGAAGGGGUUGCUUAAGAGUUGAUAGCCCUGAUCGGGUUGAGGAAUCAGACCUUCGACAUCGUUUGGCUAAGCGUAGGAGGGUUAAUGGUAUGAAAUCUGUUGUCAAUCAUGAUCAAGGACUAGAAAAUUAUGAAGGGGAACGAAGUUAUCGGGGUUCUUCUCAUGAGAGAUCCCUUAGCAGUCGUCUUCAGGGUAGAAUAAAGCUUCCUGAGAGAUCUGUUGGCCUUGGAUCUGAUUUACGUUCUGAAAGGGAGAUAGAAAGAGGGCGAAAUCGGGGACGGCACUCACCAGGAAAGCCUCAAACCUCUUCCCAAGGAAGGCUCCACGACAGAAUAAAAGGAAGGGUGGAAGGAGAAUUCAACAAUUUUGAAGGUCAAAAUUUUGGUGGCCCGAGGAUUAGAAGAGAAGUGAUGGAUGAGCGGAGCACUGAUUUUGCAGGUCCAAAAAGUCUUGCAGAGCUGAAAGUUGGGAAGGGCACUGAUAAUAAGGAGCCCCAGUUUCUCAGAAAGCGAAAGAGCGUAGGAGAUCAUCAACAAACUGAAGGUGAUCUCUCAUUCAAAGGGCCAAUGCCUCUUAGUGAGAUUCUGAAGAGAAAGAGACAAUCUGAAGGUGCAGCUUCUGGGAAUGGUAUUGCAUCUGUAAAUAAAGAAGAUGAUAAACAAAAACAAAGCAAGGGAAGCUUGAUUAGCAUGUCCAAUAACAAAGAAGCAUCAGUGACACUGAAAGAGGCAAACAAAGGGGAAGAAUCCAACCCCACAACUGCAGAUAUCAGAAUAACGGAAGUCAAUAAAGGUGAAUCCUCUCAACCACUCAACACGAGUGAGCAUGAGCAUGAGGCCGAGGAUGGGAUCAUUGGAGAUGAGGGAGUAGAAGAUCAUGAAUACGUGGCAGAUGACCAAAGGGAUGAAGAUUAUUACUACGAGCAGGUAGAUGAAGGGGAAUAUAAUAAUUACGAGGGUGAAAACAUGGACGUCGAAGAGGAGGAAGCUGGCGACGACUUUGCAAAGAAACUCGGUGUCAUGUUUUCAUGAGCAGAUGGUCCCUCAGACUGCUUUAAGCGUUUUCCCCUAUGAUAAUCUUGGUUUUAUGGAAGACCUUUGGAAACUCAUUUAGGUUUUUGCUUCUUUAAGAUCAAUUAAGAGUUAGGGCAGCUAUAUUGGAAUUUCAUUGUAGAAGUAGAGAAAACAUUAAGUUUUGUUCCCCUACCUCAAUGUAUUUAAAAGCCGACUUCCUGCUUUGCUC